UGCGGCAAGUGUCCGAUAGUCAAAGCAGCAUGGCGACUGCAGCAUCAGGUAGCAGUGAUGAAGCUUUACAUGAAAGUGAAGAUGCUGGAUGUUCUCAGUCAACCUCGAGUUCAUCUCAGGAACAAAAUACUGAUCAUAAACCAGUUUGUCUCAUAGUUCUUGGUAUGGCGGGUUCAGGUAAAACGACGUUUGUGCAGAGGCUCACAGGAUAUCUACACACUAAGAAAUCUCCUCCAUAUGUCAUAAAUCUUGAUCCUGCAGUACACGAAGUUCCAUUUCCAGCAAAUAUUGAUAUCAGAGACACCGUCAACUACAAGGAAGUUAUGAAACAAUAUGGUUUAGGUCCAAAUGGAGGAAUUGUUACAUCUUUAAACUUAUUUGCCACAAGAUUUGAUCAGGUCAUGAAGUUUAUUGAGAAAAAGCAGAAUUGUCAUGAGUAUGUUUUGAUUGACACCCCUGGACAGAUAGAAGUGUUUACCUGGUCGGCAUCUGGAACCAUCAUAACUGAAGCUCUGGCAUCUUCCUUUCCAUGUGUGGUGAUCUAUGUGAUGGACACAUCUCGAAGUGUUAACCCGGUCACCUUCAUGUCAAAUAUGCUGUAUGCUUGCAGCAUUCUAUACAAGACCAAACUGCCUUUCAUAGUUGCCAUGAAUAAGACUGACAUCAUUGACCACAGUUUUGCUGUGGAGUGGAUGCAGGACUUCGAGGUGUUUCAGGACGCUUUGAACCAGGAGACGUCCUACGUCAGUAACCUCACCCGCUCGAUGAGUCUCGUCCUGGAUGAGUUCUACACCAACCUGCGUGUUGUUGGGGUGUCAGCGGUCACAGGUUCUGGACUCGAUGAACUGUUUGUACAAGUGGCAGAUGCUGCUAAAGAAUAUGAAACCGAGUAUCGUCCAGAAUAUGAACGCCUGCACAGAGAGCUAGCUGAAGCUCAGACCCAGAAACAAGAGGAACAGUUGGAACGCCUUCGGAAAGACAUGGGAGCAGUUUCUAUGGAAACCACAGCUCCAAGCGAUGCUACAGAUCUUGGUGGGCCCAGUGACCUCAUUUUUAAUCGUGGAAAUCCAGAUGAAGAGGAAGAAGAUGACAGUGACACUGAUGAUAUCGAUCACACAGUCACAGAGGAAAGUAAAGAAGCUACUUCAUUUGGGAAGUUCCUAAAGGAGAGAAGAGAGAUUGUGCAGGUACGCAACCGGAAGUCUGAAGGCUGAAUACAUUUAUGUAUCCGAGACGUCCCAUCACGUUUGAGCUGAACUUUGAACUUUGACCUCUCCACUGUGCCAACACUGGGAAAGCUCCGGAAAAAAGUCAAUUUAAACAGUUCAAAUCUGUUUGUAUGCUACACUUGUAGCAACCUGCAUGUCUACAUUUUACCGCAUAGGUAGUCUGCACUUAGACAUUCCUCGGGAUGUAAUUUGGUUCUGUUGCUUUAUGCACAAAUAAGAUCAAAUUCAGAUUAGGAACUGCAUUAGUGCAAAAAUCUGCGCUUUUAAAUGCAAACCUCUUUAUGUCAGCCAAUCACUUUUGUUUUUCUUAGAAUAUUUUAUUUAUCUACAUUGAUGUGUCUGUUUAAAAUCUUAGUGUUCAUAAAAACCUGCAACCUAAGCCAAAUGUACGCAAAUACUUUCCUGGAAAUGUGCUCGAUGGACCUAUUAAGUUCGGAAUGUUAUAAGGUUUUUGCAAAGGGAAGUAAAAUAUUUUUAUAUAUUAUAUAAGAUAAAGUUUCCCACACAAGGUUGUGCUUUUAAGUGUUUUUUCUUUACCUAAUGUAUGCAGUCGUGUGUGGAGAUGGUCUGUGGGCACUUGUGGUAUUGCAGCCAUAUGGCCGAGUCAUCCGGUGGGUGUAGUGGGACUGGGAAAUCAGAUUUACCGCCUUCAGUCGCUCUGUUUCAUGAAUUAAGGUUGUUGUAAACCUUUACAUGUGUGAAAUACCACUCGAUAAGAUCUUCAUCUUACAGUCUUUUGAAUGCGAAUGUUUGUGGUAUGAUUUUCUGAACACGUAUAAUGAUUUUGGUCUCAUUU